GAAGCUGGUGAAUCAGUAGCAGCAGUGUAGUCAUCGAAUCAGACCUCAUUAGCACUAAUUCAUUCUAAUAUAUUGACAAUACUAAUCGGGUCAUGGUCCUGUCAGCGGGCUCCAAGCUGCGGCUCUUCCAGCUGCAGUUCUCUGAUCCCGGACGCUCCUUCUACAGCAGCGGGGACAAACUAAGCGGCUCCGUGCAGCUACAGGCGGCGCAGCCCUGCAGGCUCACCGGCCUCAGGGUCACCGCCGCCGGCUGCGCCCGCGUCGAACAGCGCGGCGGGAAGAACCGAAGGGGCCGCAGUCAGGAGGUGGAAUACCUGAAGUAUGAGGAGGAGCUGCGGCUGGAGGAGGAGCUGAGCACAGAUGCUGACGGCUGCUUCCUGCUGCCGGCUGACAAAACCUACAGCUUCCAGUUCGGCUUCGAGCUCCCGGCGCCAGGGCGUCUGGUUUCAUCCUACAAAGGAAAGUUGGGCUCAGUGCGUUACUACGUGAGGGCGGAGCUUCAGAGGCCUUCCCAGAAUGUUUUACAGUGUGAGAAGGAGUUUGAGGUGGAGGAGCCGCUGGACGUGAACCAGGCCGACCUGCUGGCUCCGGCUGCAGCCUCCAAACAGAAGAAGGUCACCUGCAUGUUCAUCCCUGAUGGUCAGGUGUCCAUCACGGCUAAGAUAGACAGGAAGGGGUUCUGUGAGGGUGAAGACAUCAGCAUCAAUGCUAAGUUCGAGAACACGUGCUCGCGGAUCGUGGUGCCAAAGGCCGCCAUCAUCGCCAAGCACUCGUACGUGGUAGAUGAACGCACCAAGGUUCUGCGUCAGAAGCUGUCAGCGGUCAGAGGGAACCACAUCAUCUCCGGGAUGUGCGACAUGUGGCAGGGAAAAACCAUCAGGGUCCCUAAACUGAAGCCCACGCUUCUCGGCUGUGACAUCAUCAAGGUGGACUACGCCCUCAUGAUCUACCUGCACAUCCCUGGCAGCGAGAAGCUGGUUCUGGAGCUGCCGCUGGUCAUCGGUACCAUCCCAUUCAGCGGUGUUGGCAGCAGAACCAGCAGCAUGAGCAGCCAGGCCGGUUCCAUGAGCAGCUGGUCCUCCUUCCCCUCGGCGCCUCCCAGUUACAGCAACAUCCACAGAGACCUGCGGGUCGACGGACCCAGAACGCCACUGCUGCACGACUACGAUGAUGGCGACGAUGAUGACGAGGGUGGGAUCUUCAUGAGGGCACCAGAGGUCCACUACCCCCCUCCCCCCGCCUACAGCGAGGUGGACAAGGACGCUGUCAGCCAUCCUCAGGCAGUCAAGGUGUUCUGAGGACGUUCUGUUGACAACUAGAUGAGGACACGUCCGCCAUGAGGGGACUGAGGGCAGAGCCUGGGGGCGGAGCCUGAGCUCCAUAUGUGGUCCUCUGACCUGUCGGUCAUUCCCUGUCCAACAAGGACUAAAGCUCUAAGCUCAGCUACAACAGCGACUCAGCAGUUUUGUGUCAGUGACUCAGCAGUUUUCUAGUGGUGACGCAGCCUGUUUUGGUACUUUGUUGCUGAGAAGACAACAGAAAAAUUGUUUGUUGUGAAAAGUGUUUUUUUAUAUUCGUUGUUGACUCUGAUUGUUUUUUUGUUUUUUGUUACUGCAGUAUCCUGAUGUUACAUCUGUACAUAUUUUGUAAAGAAGAUUUUUAUUUUUCUAUUCCACCAAUAAACAUCUUUAGAUCUUAAA